AUGUGUUCGACAGAAGGACAACAGGAAGAGGAAGCCCUCCACCUCUGGGACCGCCCGGCUCAGCAGCUCUCUGCAAGCAGCAGCCUUCUGCCCACCUCCUUUGAGCACCUGGACACAGAGCUUGGGCCUCCAGGCUGGCGUCUGACUCCCAUGGCCCCCCUGUGGCAGCACAAGGGCGAUGUCCCCCGCUUUGAGUCGCUGCUUCUGACCAUGGAGCUUCCCGUGUUUGUGGGCCUGUGGAUGUUCCCGAGGUUCUUCCUGCUGGCAACUCCUCCUGAGAAGGACGGCAGGAAGAGGUCUCCGGCGGCUGCCCCUGGGACCAGGAAGAGAGCCCGGAGCAGUGGUCCAGCGAGAUCCAACUUUCCUCCUCCCUCGUCCACUGAGAGAGAGGACAGGCCACAGCCCUCCACCUCUGGGACCGCACCGGCUCAGGUAAGUCCUGGACCCUCCACCUCUGGGAGAGCCCUGACUCCUCUGCAGCUGCUUCUGCCCAUGGAAAUUCCAGUGUUUGUGGGUCUGUGGAUGUUCCCGAGGUUCUUCCUGCUGGUGACUCCCCCUGAGGUGCCCCCCUCCUCUAUUCCUGUGCUCCAGGAGACCAUUAGCACUGCUUACUACAGCUUUUCCCCCAGCGUCAAACUGGCGCAUGAAUACACAGAUCAGAUCCAGAGCUGUGUGUGUGAAGACAGAGGAGUCCAGAGCCAGUUGUGUGUGAAGACAGAGGAGUCCAGAGCUGUGUGUGUGAAGACAGAGGAGUCCAGAGUCGAGAGUAUGAAGACAGAGGAGUCCAGAGUCGAGAGUGUGAAGACAGAGGAGUCCAGAGCUGUGUGUGUGAAGGCAGAGGAGUCCAGAGUCGAGAGUGUGAAGACAGAGGAGUCCAGAGUCGAGAGUGUGAAGACAGAGGAGUCCAGAGCUGUGUGUGUGAAGGCAGAGGAGUCCAGAGUCGAGAGUGUGAAGGCAGAGGAGUCCAGAGUCGAGAGUGUGAAGGCAGAGGAGUCCAGAGUCGAGAGUGUGAAGGCAGAGGAGUCCAGAGUCGAGAGUGUGAAGACAGAGGAGUCCAGAGCUGUGUGUGUGAAGACAGAGGAGUCCAGAGUCGAGAGUGUGAAGACAGAGGAGUCUAGAGCCAGUUGUGUGUGUGAAGACAGGAGUCCAGAGCUGUGUGUGAAGGCAGAGGAGUCCAGAGUCGAGAGUGUGAAGACAGAGGAGUCCAGAGUCGAGAGUGUGAAGACAGGAGUCUAG